AUGUGGGAGUCCACCACCGUCCUGCGCUUCGUGUGCGGCCUAUUGAAGGAACCACGGUCCAUGGAGGAGAUUCAGGAGUUCAUGAACCAUCUGCUGCGCCUACGCAUCCGCGGAGGCACGCCGCUAGACACGUGCGAGUUCCGUCUCCUCGGGAAUGAGUUCGACAUGAGUCGCAUCUUGCAUUGGAUCCGUAUAGCUCUCCAGUGCAAAGUCCGGCUGCUCGAGCUCAUGUGUUAG